AGGCGGGGACAGGCGGGGACAAGAGGGGUCAGGCGAGGACAGGCGGGGACAGGAGGGGUCAGCUGGGACUGGGUGGCAGUGGCGUGGGUGUGGAUGCUGGGCUGCAGCCCCAGGGGGGCACGGCCUGCACGGUGGGAUGUCCCCCACGCCAGCCUGUGUGUGAUGCGUGGACCAGGGUGACGUGGACCGUCACCUCACAAUACGGAUCCCCUCUUUAAGUGUGGCUGUGAUUCAGUCUAUGAAAUAAUCGCAUCAUCUUUCUACAUAAGAGCCUUCUUUAUGGUGCCGCCAUGAAAUAGUCAGUUCUGAGUUGUGCUGACCCAGCCGACACGCCGAUGCGGGUGAGUGAGCCGCAGGAUGGCCCUUCCCAGGAGCCAGGAGGAUGCUGCGGCUGGGACAGGAGUGCUCAGGGAGUUGGGUAGGCAAGUCCCACCCUGGCACCGGGACCCUUCCCGUAGGCCGCACCCUCCGCUUGGGAGCUCCUGGGUCCACAUCCACUGGGCAGGCUGUGACCUUGAGCAGGAGAUGGCCAGGAAGGGGGUGGGUCUUGGAUUUCCAGGGGAUGCCUUUGGUGAAGGGAAAGUGAGGGCCAGGAUGGGUCGCCCCGGGAGCCACUGAAAGGGCCCCUGUGCCCAUGUCACCCUGGACCUGGAGUCCCUCCCUGCCCCUCUCCCCUGCCCAAGCCCCCUUCCUCCGCACCUCCUCUGGCCCCUCCCCAGACAAUGGCUGGGAGGCAGAGUGGGCCCUCAUGCAUGUGCUCUCGGCUGUCCCCCAACCAGAACCAGGUGUGGGACCUCCCCGCCUCCGCCCUUACCAGGCCGAAGGGCUCCCCCGUCCCGGCCCCUCCUGGGCCUGUUCCUUCCCGGCUGUGCCCUCCAGUUCUGCGACUCGGAUUUCUCCGAGGCCACAGCUGUGGAAGCCACCAGACGGCAUGUUACCAGACGUGUAGCCCCAGGUGUGCGGAAGGCUCCAGACGUGUGAAGCCCCUGCAAACCGCACAGCCACGUGAGUCCCUGCUGUCUCACUGGGCCCCUUUGGGGACAAUUCAAGCCAGACCGGCCUCCAGCCCUGCCGGGGACUUCCAGGGCAUGGUCUCAGGCUGGGCGGCGGGGGCGGGGCGGGGGGGGGGGGGCCCCGGAACGCGACUCGUGCCCCCUGGCGGUGUGCCUUUAAGUCCGCAGUGAAGCAUCAUCACGGGCCGGCGAUGCCACCUGCUGACGCUUCUCAGCAUCCUGGCCGGAGUGGCCGCAGCUGCUGCGGUGGGUGCGGUCGGUCGGGGAGGGGCGAGGGGCCCAGGCAGGGCUUACAAAGCCGGCAGAUGCAGACACAGUCACUCCCGCCUAAAGGAAGGGUUUAAAAACUGAAUAGCGUCCACUUACCUAACAAACAUUUGCUAAAUCAAGGCAAGGGAGGAAGCGCACAAUAGGUUGAUUUCAAGGGAAAGGUCUUUUCUUCUGGGUCUGAGCAUGCAGAGUUGAAGUAGAAGCCCUUCAGGUGGAGGAGGCUCGGGCAAGGACCAGGGCGGGCCGGCAGAAGACUGGGGGCCAGGACAGCAGGCGGGGGGCUCAGCCCUGCUGCUCUUCAAACCUAGACUUCCACUCUUUUAUAGAUGGAUUUUGGGGGUUUUUUGGCCUUGCCGCGGCUGUCAGAAUCUUAGUUCCCCGACCAGGGAUCGAACCCAGGCCCUCGGUAUUAAGAGCACGGGAGUCCUAACCACUGGACCACAGGGGAAUUCCCAACAGGCUUUCCACUCUUUUGAAGUCCAUACUCCAUGUCUACUUAUAAGUCUAAAAACUGUCACAGGGUCUUUGAAUAACUGUUCCCACUUACAAACGUCCAACAUUUUAAACUGCAUUUAUUAGUUUAAUAUAUUUGGUUCCUUAAGUAGUUCGUUGUGUGGAUUAACAAACACAACUUUGGUAACUGAUGUAUAACGUCUAGAAACCUAAUACAUUUGUUAAAAAAUAAUUUUCAGUAAAAGGUAAGAUUGUGACUCACAGAUAUAAAAAUGAGCUCACGUGAAAGAUGUUAUUUACUUAUUAAUCAAGGGAGAACCAGGCAGAUGUUCUAAGCAACUCCAGAGAGAAGCUGCAGGACAGACGUACUGAAAGGUCACUGAUGUUGAAACCAACAGAGGAAAACCUGGUUUCUGCGCAGGGGUCGGGGAGGGGAGAUGGAAUUUCGCAUCUACCCCCUUGGCGGAGCUGAGCUGACUGAAAGUCAGCUCAGACGCCCUCUACACGAUGCAGAAUUUUGCACUGAAACAUAAUUUUUCGGUCUAGAUUACAAGUGUGAACACUGACCUUCAGCCUCACUUAGUAUUCUCGCAGCAUCGUCAGCGUCUAUCUGGGAGGAUUUGUCUGUUACACACUUGCAGAGGCGAGGAAGCUGGCGUUCGGCCCACGUUCUCUGACACGUCACAGAAAAGACCAAAUGUGCACAAGUACAUUUGCGAUACUCACAGUAACCUAGGAUAGACUGUGACUUCCUGCCUGUUUGUGCCUGAAUCCCAGCUGAUCCUGGGCAGGACGGGUGUCUCCCACUGGAAUGGUCCUUGGGCCAGGGCCCAUGGUCUCUGGAAGUCCCUGUCACCAGCAGCCGAGCUUCCUGCCGGGCAGAGGCUCCGGGAGACGUGCCGUCCUGCUGAUGAAGACGGUGGCCCCAAAGGCGUGUCUGGGAUGAGCUUACUCUCUUGUGGAAGGGUGUCUUGGGCCUGCCCCAGCGCUGACACACGCAGACAGGCAGCCUUCGAUGAGACCCGGCCCCUGAGUACGAGCUCACCGAUGGGCAGAACCCUGGCUGGGCUCCCACCCCAGCCUCCCUGCUCCCGGGUGUCCAGCAGGAGGCCUUGAUGUGGACAGAAUCAACCGCUGGGCCGAAGGUAGUCAUUUUCAACCCUGGGCUGGAGCCCAGUGAGCCGCCGAUGACAGGGUCUUCGGGGUGAGUCACAUUCAGACGUCAAGUGUGACCUAAAAAUAUGACGCCUGCAAUUACGGCACCGCAGCAGGGGGAGGGAGGCCUUCCAGACGAGGACGCGAGCCCAGCCCCGGGGGCCCCUGGUGGCCCAUCUAUUAUUAGAAGAGCUAAAACCUCCUCGAACCCACACAGCACAAAGACCGGCUCCGUUCACCCCGAGUGCGGCGGCCACAUUGACCUCAGUCCAGGGGCCGCCCACUGCCCACCGGACAGAGUCAGUGCGGUGGGUCCAGUCCUGCCCAUUUCCCGGGAACUGCGCCCCGAUGUGGGCUGGCGCUGGGGCACGGGUGGGGAAAGAGCAGCGGCCAGGGCACGUUCCCGAGGGAGUCCUGCUGACGGAGUCCCUGCUGAGAGAACCCCUGGGGAAGGCCCAGCCGGCCCCACCCCUCCUGUGACAGUGAGUCCCCAGCAGGGCUGGUGGCACCCUGCGACAGCUGGAGAAGGCAGCCUGGGUGGGGUAGCCAGACCCUGCCCCCAGGCUGCUUCAGGGGGUCAGGGGUGCAGCCCGAGAGGAGGGGCCCGGUCCCGCCCACCCGCUGCAGCGCCCGCCACCGCCGGCAGAGGGCGCCCCGCAUACCGCACUCCGCGCCCCACUGCGACCCCUGAGCUCCAUCGUGACCACCCCCUCCUCACAAUGCUCACAGCUCGAUCUUUGCUCCAAACACUCUGGCUACAAUGCCGCAGGGGCUGCUGCAGGACACGUGGCAGCUUAAAGAGGAAAAUGAGUGUCCGACCCAGAGGGUCUCUCCUCCCUGACGCUCUCCUAAGAGGGCAGCUUUCCUGCUUGUCUCCCCACGUCACUCAAGCUGCACCCUGUUUCACGCGCCCCGUCGCUGAGCGCUUAGGCCCCUGCCAGCUCUCUCCACGAGGACGAGGACGCUGCGGUGACAGCGCGCCGGCGGUGUGGGAGCCGCCAUUGUCUUCGUCUCUGCCAUCGCCAUGCCGCUCCCUGCGCGCCCCCCCCCCCACGUCGAGUCUGGACCCUCAGCUGCGGGUCUGAGGGCUGCAGUCCGUGUCAGACAGCGCGGGGCUUGUCCUCCCUGACCUCACGUGACUGGGCUCCCAGCUCUGACCUCGGAGGGCUUGACCACAGGGCGGGCAGCACAGGAGGGGCCGUGGGGAUGGUCACCCUGUUACCUCUGCCCCCCACAGUGCUCCCCAAGCAACUGUGACCCCAGACAGGCCCCUCCUGUAAAGCCACGGGGGCUCCAAGUGUCUCCCAGGCUGACCGUCUGCUGUUCGUGACCAGCAUGAAGGCCAGAAGGACGGGGAUUAGGGGCUGGGGCGCCCAGGGCGAGCAGGGCGCUGCAUCUCACCCCACGGUCCUGCUCCCUGGAGCUGCAGCCACACACGGGCUUACUGUCCACAUGACGACCUGGGGCUGACCACAAAUGUGUGGUGACCACGGGCGGUGCUGGGCCUGGUCUUCGCGCGUGUGUGUGUGUGUGUGUGUGUGUGUGUGUGUGAGUGUGUAUUUGCAUAUGUGCGUGCAUCUGCACCAGCCACAUUCUGUUCUUGGGCAGGACUCUCCGUUCCAAGGAGGAGGGUGUAUGAGUUUCUGUGGCUUCUGUAACAGAAGGCCAGAGUUCAGUGGCUUAGAAGAUGCAAACUUAGGGUCUUACAGUCUUGGGGUCAGAGUCUGACGUGGGUAUCCCUGGGCUAAAUCCAGGCCGCCAGUUACCUUCUCUGAUUCUCUGGCCCUCCUGCCUCCCUCCUCCCCUGUGAGGACCCUUGAGAUUACGCUGGGCCCACCUGGACGGUGCAGGACGAUCUCCCCAUCUUGAAAUCAGCCAACUGUCAACCUUCAUUCCAGCUACAGCCUUGACGCCCUUCUGCCAUGUGAGCAACAAAGACCCAGGCCCCAGGUCCCUUAUUUUCCCACCACGCGUGGUCUCUUCUCCGGGCCCCAGGCCCUGUGCCUGGAGUCGAGGCUUGGAGUGGACAACCUGUGCCGCACUCAGGCCAUCAUUGGGGUGACCAGCACCACCGGGGUGCCCGGCCAUGGGGGGACCAGUCACUGGGAGCACAGGCUUGGGGCUAAACCUGCUUGUCAGGUGAGCUGGGUCUUCCAGGGGCUGCAGCCUAACCCUAACCCCACUCAGCUGCCUCUGCUGCCUCUCCUUCCAAGGCAUCAGCAAGGGCUGCCCACACUGGAGUUCCGGCACCCUCGGGGGGGGCCCCCUCCGGGGUGGGGGCCCCCUCCCCUUCCAGGCCCCUCCUCCUCCCAGGUCCCCUCCACUCCCCAGACCUCCUCCUCCUCCCAGGUCCCCUCCCCUCCCAGGGCCCCUCCACCCCCUCCACCACACAGGGGCAGGGCGUUUCCUGGGGAGGGAGGGCUGCACAGCACGGAGAGGGCAAGGCGCCACAUCACAGAGGCCUCAGCUCAGUGGUUUGGGCCCCAGUGUAUGUCUGGCGCCAGUUCACAGGCUUCAGCAGAUGCCUCUUGAGCGAUAGUGAGGGACUCCUCUUUGCUCUGCGGGUCAGGAAAGCCAUCAGGAUUCAGGGUCGCCCAAAAGUGGAGCUGCCCCAGGACACUGCCGCAGCCACCCAGCGGCCUGGGAGGAGGAGGGGCGGGCCAUGGGGCAGGGUGACAGCAGCCAGGAUGGGCCUGCAGCAGGGCCCAAGUUGGGGGCGGGGUCUCUCCGGGCCUGUCCCAGCCAUGCUGGCGAGCAGAGAAGUGGACAGGGCGAGCACAGCGAUUCCCGGGGCGUCCUGAGCCCCCGACCUGGGGCAGCUGCAGGCAGGUGGGCAUCAGGCGACUGUCACACGGGUAACCUGUCUGGGCACCGGUCCAGCCUGCAGCCAGGUCUGUUCGGUCCUAGACGGCCGAGCCUGCCCACGCCCUUGGAACCUGGGGGCCACCGAGGACUGGACUCUGGGCCUCCCUCACCAGCACCGGCCAAGCCCCUGCCCUACCCCUCCCGCUCCAAGAACCCAUGUGUCUCCUCUGCCCCCCACCCCAGCGCUCCCCAUCUCAGUCCUCCCUCCUCCCUGGAGCCCUCUCCCACCCUUCCCCCCCUCCCCCCGCAAGGCCCCCCAGGCCUCUCUCUCCCGCGGCCCCGAUGCCCCGCCCCUCCCAGGGCGUGAACUGCUCUGCUCCGGGUCCCCUGCCCCAGCCUGGAUGCUCACGUGCGUGUGCUCGAGACACUAGGCUGAUGAGUGAAUAAACGGGGGGCCUGGGCAUUGCCCACCUGAGUAGGACCUGGCUGGCUGGCUCCCGGGCCCUGCCCUGGCAUUGCAUGUGGGUCCCCGGGACUCAGGGAGGACGAAGCUCUGGGGGCACUGGGUCGGGGAGUGGGGUGCCGGCU